GCGGCGGGGGCGGCAGGGCUCCUCCGGCUGGGAAGGCGCAGGCGACCCGGUGUGUGGGCGCCUGGAGCCCCCGUUGCAGCCCCGGGGAAGGAAGCCAGGAGAGGGAACUUCUCCAUGAAUGUAUGUCACCAUGAUGAUGACCGACCAGAUCCCUCUGGAACUGCCCCCACUUCUGAACGGAGAGGUCACCAUGAUGCCACACUUGGUGAAUGGGGAAGCGGCCCAGCAGGUUAUUCUCGUUCAAGUCAAUCCAGGAGAGACUUUCACAAUCCGAGCCGAGGACGGGACGCUUCAGUGCAUACAAGGACCUGCUGAAGUUCCCAUGAUGUCACCCAAUGGAUCCAUCCCUCCCAUCCAUGUGCCACCGGGUUAUAUCUCACAGGUGAUUGAAGAUAGUACUGGAGUCCGCCGGGUGGUGGUGACACCGCAGUCCCCCGAGUGCUAUCCCCCAAGUUACCCCUCCGCCAUGUCUCCAACCCACCACCUGCCCCCAUACCUGACGCACCACCCCCAUUUUAUCCAGAACUCUCAUGCGGCUUACUACCCACCUGUCACCGUGCCUGGAGACAUGCCACCCCAGUUCUUCCCACAGCAUCAUCUUCCCCCCACGAUCUACGGUGAGCAAGAAAUCAUCCCGCUCUAUGGCAUGUCCAGCUACAUCACCCGGGAAGACCAGUACAGCAAGCCCCCCCACAAAAAACUGAAAGACCGCCAGAUUGACCGCCAGAACCGCCUCAACAGCCCCCCCUCAUCCCUCUACAAAAGCAGCUGCACCACCGUGUACAAUGGCUACGGGAAGGGCCACGGUGGAGGAGGCGGCAGCGGCGGCGGCAGUGGUGGGGGUCCCGGAAUCAAGAAGACCGAACGGCGAGCCAGAAGCAGUCCAAAGGCAAACGAUGCAGACUUGCAAGAAUAUGAGUUGGAAGUAAAGAAGGUUCAAGACAUUCUUUCUGGAAUAGAGAAACCACAGGUUUCCAACAUCCAGGCGAGGGCAGUGGUGCUGUCCUGGGCGCCUCCUGUAGGACUUUCCUGCAGUCCCCACGGCGGGCUCUCCUUCCCCUACAGUUACGAAGUUGCCUUAUCAGACAAAGGACGGGAUGGAAAAUACAAGAUCAUUUACAGUGGAGAAGAAUUGGGAUGCAACCUGAAAGAUCUCAGACCAGCCACUGAUUACCACGUGAGGGUGUACGCCAUGUACAAUUCCGUGAAGGGAUCGUGUUCGGAGCCAGUUAGCUUCACGACCCACAGCUGUGCCCCGGAAUGCCCUUUCCCUCCCAAGCUGGCACACAGGAGCAAGAGUUCCCUCACCUUGCAGUGGAAGGCUCCAAUUGACAAUGGUUCAAAAAUCACCAACUACCUUUUAGAAUGGGAUGAGGGAAAAAGGAACAGUGGGUUCCGACAGUGCUACUUUGGGAGUCAGAAGCACUGCAAGCUGAGCAAGCUUUGCCCGGCCGUGGGCUACACGUUCCGGUUGGCCGCUCGCAAUGACAUCGGCACCAGUGGCUAUAGCCAGGAGGUGGUGUGCUAUACCUUGGGGAACAUCCCGCAGAUGCCCUCUGCACCAAGACUUGUUCGGGCUGGCGUCACAUGGGUCACGUUGCAGUGGAACAAGCCCGAAGGCUGUUCGCCAGAGGAAGUCAUUACCUACACCCUGGAAAUCCAGGAGGAUGAACACGAUAACCAUUUCCACCCAAAAUACACUGGAGAGGAUUUAACCUGUACUGUGAAAAAUCUCAAACGAAGCACACAGUAUAAAUUCAGGCUGACUGCUUCGAACAUGGAAGGGAAAAGCUGUCCAAGUGAAGUGCUGGUUUGUACAACCAGUCCCGACAGGCCGGGGCCCCCCACCAGACCCCUCAUCAAGGGACCCGUCACGGCUCACGGCUUCGGUGUCAAAUGGGACCCGCCGAAGGAUAAUGGCGGUUCCGAGAUCCUCAAGUAUUUGCUGGAGAUCACCGAUGGCAAUUUCGAAGCCAACCAGUGGGAGGUGGCCUAUAGUGGAUCUGCUACAGAAUAUGUUUUUACCCAUCUGAAGCCAGGCACUUUGUACAAACUCCGGGCAUGCUGCAUCAGUACUGGUGGGCACAGCCAGUGUUCCGAGAGCCUCCCUGUCCGCACGCUGCGCAUAGCGCCGCGUCAGUGUCAGCCACCCAGGGUGUCCGGGAGGCCAAAGCACAAAGAAGUCCACUUAGAGUGGGAUGUUCCCGAGUCUGAGAGUGGCUCUGAGGUGUCGGAGUACAGCGUGGAGAUGACAGAGCCCGAGGACGUGGCGUCGGAGGUGUACCACGGGCCCGAGCUCGCAUGCACCGUGGGCAACCUGCUCCCCGGGACUGUGUACCGCUUCCGAGUGCGGGCCCUCAACGAUGGAGGGUAUGGUCCCUAUUCUGACGUGUCCGAAAUCACCACUGCAGCUGGGCCCCCGGGACAGUGUAAAGGACCUGGGAUUUCUUUUACACCUGACGGCCAUGUCCUCGUAUGCUGGGAGAGCCCUGAGAGCUCCGGAGCAGACAUCUCCGAGUACAGGCUGGAGUGGGGAGAAGACGAAGAGUCCCUGGAACUCAUUUAUCACGGGCCAGACACCUGCUUCGAGAUACGAGGCCUACUGCCCGCUGCUCAGUAUUGCUGCAGGCUACAGGCCUUCAACCCUGCAGGCGCGGGACCGUACAGUGAGCUUGUCCUUUGUCACACGCCAGCAUCUGCCCCCGACCCCAUCUCCACGCUCUGUGUCCUGGAAGACGAGCCCCUCACCACCCACCCGGACUCACCCUCCGUGUGCCUUGUCCUGAACUGGGAGGAGCCGUGCAGUAACGGCUCUGAGAUCCUUGCUUACAACAUCGAUCUUGGAGACAAGAGCGUCAUGGUGGGCAACACCACCAGCCACAUCCUGCGGGACCUUCUCCCUGAAACCACGUACAGGAUCAGAAUUCAGGCUAUAAAUGAAAUUGGAGCGGGACCGUUUAGUCAGUUCAUUAAAGCAAAAACCCGGCCCUUGCCGCCCUUGCCUCCUAGGCUGGAGUGUGCUGCGGCUGGCCCCCAGAGCCUGAAGCUGAAGUGGGGGGAUGGAAACUCCAACUCCAAGACGCACGCUGCUGAUGACAUGGUGUACACACUACAGCUGGAGGACCGGAACAAGAGGUUUAUUUCAAUCUACAGAGGACCCAGCCACACCUACAAGGUCCAGAGACUGACGGAAUUCACCUGUUACUCCUUCCGAAUCCAGGCAGCUAGCCAGGCUGGGGAGGGGCCCUUCUCAGAAACCUAUACCUUCAGCACAACCAAAAGCGUCCCCCCUACCCUCAAAGCACCUCGAGUAACACAGUUAGAAGGCAAUUCCUGUGAAAUUUUUUGGGAGACGGUACCACCAAUGAAGGGUGACCCUGUCAGCUACGUUCUACAAGUAUUGCUUGGAAGAGAAUCUGAGUACAAACAGGUCUACAAGGGAGAAGAAGCCACAUUCCAGAUCUCAGGCCUCCAGACCAACACGGAGUACCGGUUCCGGGUGUGCGCGUGCCGCCGCUGCCUGGACACGGCGCAGGAGCUCAGCGGGGCCUUCAGCCCCUCUGCAGCUUUCGCCCUCCAACGAAGCGAGGUCAUGCUUCCCGGGGACGUGGGGAGCUUAGAUGACCCCAAAAUGAAGAGCAUGAUGCCUACUGAUGAACAGUUCGCCGCCCUCAUUGUGCUUGGCUUUGCAACUUUGUCUAUUUUAUUUGCCUUUAUAUUACAGUACUUCUUAAUGAAGUAAACAGCGCAUAUGAAUUUACUUAGUGCUACACAUUUUAAUACACACAUGUAUUCAGAUACCCCCCUUUUUUUAAAGCCCCUUUGUUCUUUGAUUUAUAUACUUCUUUUGUUUUGCAGAUUUAGCUAGGAAAAACAUGUCAGUGUCUUGGUGCACCUUUUUGAAAUGCUAAACUAGGGAGAGGUUAAACUGGAUUUUUUUUCUUUUUUUAAUAAAAAAAAAAAAGAAGAGGAGGAAGAAGAAGAAAAGCAAACCAGAUACCAAAUGCUAACUUACUUUUUUAUUUUUUUUGAGUUUUCAGAUUUGCUUUGGUUACUGUUUUUCACGGAUGUCUUUUGCAAGACUUUGAUUUUGUUUCUUUUAAUGUUGCGAUUUAGUAAUUUAUAGUCACCUGUCACCUUUGUCUUGAUGAUCUGUAUCUGUAAACAGAAUCACAGCAUGCGUGCUUGGGAGGGCUGGGUUGUCAGCACUGUCAGAGUUAAUCCUACACCCUACAUACACAAGUGUGCUCACCUACAUACAGCUGCCCGAACCAUCAUUGCCACUCAGUUAUUUAACUGUGUUUAGGUCAUUUAAUUCCAAACAUGUAUUUUAAUCGGAAAUGUUUUAGUAAUCUGUAGUUCUUCUGAUUUAACACUCUAUGAGCUGCCUAUAUAAAAACAAAUCAAGUAAUCAAAAUGCACCAAUAAAUGAUGGCGCAUUGUUUAGAUUUGACCACACCGAUUCAUAGCAGUAACUUUCAGAGGGCAUUGUGCAAUAGAUAGUUGUUUUCUUUAUUCAGCUAUUUGAAAAGCUGCUUUAACUUGUGUGUUUGUCUUUGUAUAUAACUACUUUUCUAAUCUAAUCACUAGAGUUAUUAUAUUCUGUUACAUUUAACCACAACGCUACAAUGACAGUUGGUGACGGGUUAGUGCCUCUGCCCAUUUGUCUGUGAUUUACACUAAUUGUGAGCAGUCUUUGUACGUGUCAUCUCAUGAUUUGGAAAGAUUUGCCUUCAGGCUGUUCUUUGAGGUAUCAAUGAAGUGAUUGAAUUUCAAUACCUUAAUUCAGUGCCCAUCAUACUAAUGUAACAGCAGGUGAAGAAAUGAUUAAAAAAAAAAAAACAAACCCAGAGGGGAAGUCAUCAGAAUCUGAGUUCUUAUUUCGGUAGAAUCCGGCCAUAGGUGGACCAGGAAUGAGGUGGAAGGGGAUCUGGAAGCCUAGAUGCUCUCCCUGGAUCUGUCACUAACUUGCUGUGUGAUGUGAACAUGUCACUUUACCUCUCUGUGCCUCGAUUUUUCCAUGCAUGAAAAGGAAAUGGAGCUUCGUACGCUUGUUGAAGUGCUUUGAGAUCCUUGAUCUACAGGUGCUAUUGGAGUGCACAGUGUUUCUCUCACGUUUAUGUUUUUGAGUCAUGAGAUCAUCGAUUUUUAACCCAAAGUCAUUGCAUUGUUCAUAUGAAGUCCAUAAUAUUCAAGUACCUCAGGGACACUUCAAGAAUUGGAGGUGCAAAUGUAUUCCAAAAGGGUGCAACAGGCACAGAAUACCCCGCCCCCCACUCCCCUGCCCUAGUUUUUUUUUUUUUGUAUAUUUUUGCUACUUGGUUUUCUUUUUAUGUUGUUGUUUGUUUGGGGGUUUGGGGGAUUUUGUUUUGUUUUGUUGGGUUCUUUUUGAUCAUUGCUAUUUUGUGCUUGGUCUACGUUUUGUCUUAAGAUGCAGUAAGUAUCCUGAACUAGCGUAUAAUAUUCCCAUACCAAAGUCGUGGGGGAAACACCAUUAUUUGUUUUUGGUUUAUUUAUACUAUAUUCUGCAUACAGUACUUUAAAUGCCAAUUACAGUGCAAUCUUUAUUUAUUGUAAAAAUAAAAUUUUUUAAAAAUGUACUUAUAUACUAAUUCUCCCUUGUAGCAUGUUAUUUUUGUGUGUUUUCUACUUUUGUAAUUUUAGGUCAGUCUCAUUUCUUGGCAACAACAUCUAUACUAGUAUUAACCUUUUGACAUUUUCUUGUGUUUUUAAUGAUAAGAGCAUUUAGUGCAUUGAAUGCCAAAAACAAAAAAUCCAUUAUCAGUGAUUGAAAGGUUUACAUGUGCCCCAAAAAACCAUAAUCAUCUCUUAAAAGAGUGCUACAAUCCAUGAAUUUAAUUCUCUGUGCCUAUAUUGAUGUAGUAACUACUAGAACAAAUGUUCUGUAUUUUGUUCUUAACUGUAAUUAGUGUAAUUAGCCUGGCAAACAGAUAACAUCAAGGUAAGUAAGUUUUUGCCUAAGUUCUGGCCUUUUAAGACCCAUUCUCUAUCUAAAUGUGUGAUUUGACCUACUCUGACAUUGUGUCUACAUUUCAGAUUCAGUUUGAUUGCAGGUAUUUUAGGGGAGAUGGCUUGUUUUUUCUUUUCUUAACCGAUGAAAAUUCAGUGCAGGCAUUUUUGCAGAGGAAGAAAUGCUUUUUUGAAACACUUCAGAACUGCUGCUAUAAGGAAAUUCUCUGAAUCAGUUAAAAUUUUUAAUGGAAAUAAUACCUUAGGUCACAAUUGCUGUAGACAUUCACUCAGUCUUUCUGAGAUUUUCAUUCUCUCUUCAUCCACCAGAAAGCUGAAGUAUGUGAAAUCCAAGCUGAUUGCACUUUAUUGCUUUCUAUUAUCUGGCAUUCAGUAUAUUCCUUUCAAUCAGAAAAUUAUCACAUUGUCUAUGGCACUAUUUUCUAUCAUAAAUCUGCCUAAUGUGAUAUGGAUAUAUAAUGCUCUAUAUUGUCAUUACACACAAAUGAUAAAAUCAAGUGUUACAUAAAACCUUAUCUUUUUGCCCUGCUGCCAUAUGCAGUGAGUGAGUUGCUUCGUGAUAGAUAGCUCUGCUUCUCUCUAUGUCACGCGCAUCCCUGACGCAAGAAAUUGCCACCAGUCCUAUGGCGCAAACUGCUGUCUGGCCUCAACAAAAAUUGUUCUCUUUUCUUAAUAAGAAAAACAAAAAACACUUCUUUUAAAGACAUUUUCAUGUGAUCUGCCUUGUUCUUUUCCACUUGAAAUGUUGGCAUUUUCUAAUCUUGUUUUCUUUGACCACAAUAAUUCAGUAUUCAUGUCAAAAUUGAAAAGUGCCCGAUUUGAAUGUGUUUGAAUGUUAUCCUUGCACAAUUCUUUAAAUUGAAAAAAAAAAUGUUUUUACCUCACUGUUGGACAUACAUUCCAAGCUUUUCAACUCUAGGAAAAAAUAAUCAUGUUUUCCUGUAUUGUAAAUUUUAGACUAUUUCAUAUAUGUUGUAUUAAAACUGCCAUAUCAAUUUUUAAUGUAUAGAUUUUUGCAAAUACUAUGCUAUAUGUAAUACCUAACUAUCUGUAGUGUAUAUGUAAUAUAUUUAUGCCCAAUAAAUGUUUUAAUUCUUUCUGA